UGCCACCCACCCCCGCCCGCCAUGAGGAGCGCACACUCCCUGCUCCUGUUCUCCCUGGUCGCCCUCUGCGGAUGCGGGCAGUGCCGCAUGGCCAAUGCUGAGGAGAAGCUGAUGGACGACCUUCUGAACAAAACCCGUUACAACAACCUGAUCCGCCCAGCCACCAGUUCCACACAGCUCAUCUCCAUCCACCUGCAGCUCACCCUGGCCCAGCUCAUCAGCGUGAAUGAACGAGAACAGAUCAUGACCACCAAUGUCUGGCUGAAACAGGAAUGGACUGACUACCGCCUGGCCUGGAACAGCUCUCGCUAUGAAGGUGUGAACAUCCUGAGGAUCCCUGCAAAACGCAUCUGGUUGCCCGACAUCGUGCUUUACAACAACGCUGAUGGGACCUACGAGGUGUCCGUCUACACGAACGUGAUAGUGUACUCCAAUGGCAGCAUCCAGUGGCUGCCUCCUGCCAUCUACAAGAGCGCCUGCAAGAUUGAGGUGAAGCACUUUCCCUUCGACCAGCAGAACUGCACCCUCAAGUUCCGCUCCUGGACCUAUGACCACACAGAGAUUGACAUGGUCCUUAUGUCACCCACAGCCAGCAUGGAUGACUUUACCCCGAGUGGUGAGUGGGACAUAGUGGCCCUCCCCGGGCGAAGGACAGUGAACCCGCAGGACCCCAGCUAUGUGGACGUGACUUACGACUUCAUCAUCAAACGCAAGCCGCUCUUCUACACCAUCAACCUCAUCGUCCCCUGCGUGCUCAUCACCUCCCUGGCCAUCCUCGUCUUCUACCUGCCAUCCGACUGUGGUGAAAAGAUGACACUGUGCAUCUCCGUGCUGCUGGCACUCACCGUCUUCCUGCUGCUCAUCUCCAAGAUCGUGCCACCCACCUCCCUCGAUGUGCCACUCAUUGGCAAGUACCUCAUGUUCACCAUGGUGCUGGUCACCUUCUCCAUUGUCACCAGUGUCUGUGUGCUCAACGUGCACCACCGCUCACCCAGCACCCACACCAUGGCACCCUGGAUCAAGCGCUGCUUUCUACACAAGCUGCCCACCUUCCUCUUCAUGAAGCGCCCUGGCCCUGACAGCAGCCCGGCCAGGGCCCCCCAGCCCAACCAGUCAUUCCUGAUGAAGAUGGAAGCCACUGCCUCUGCCGCCUCUGCCAUGGGCCCUGCCAGCCCUUCCAACCUCUAUGGGAACUCCACAUACUUUGUGAACUCUGCCCCUGUGGCUCCCAAGUCUCCAGCCAGCUCAGACCCUGCUGGGGUUCCCAGGGAUUUCCGGCUCAGGUCCUCUGGGAGGUUCCGGCAGAAUGUGCAGGAAGCAUUAGAAGGCAUCAGCUUCAUUGCUCAGCACAUGAAGAGUGACGAUCAAGACCAGAGUGUCGUUGAGGACUGGAAGUACGUGGCCAUGGUGGUCGACCGGCUGUUCCUGUGGGUAUUCGUGUUCGUGUGUGUCCUAGGCACCGUUGGGCUCUUCCUACCUCCCCUUUUCCAGACCCAUAUGCCUUCUGAGGGGCCCCAGGCUGCUCAAAACGUCUGAGGGCCCCUGGGUUAUGAUGUGAGAGGCUGCAAGCGGCCAAGUGGGCAGUUUGCUAUUUCCUUCUGAGAAUGGCUAAUGCCUAAAUAAAUAUGUGACCAUCAGCCAUCAACCCCACCAAACCAGCCACCAGCUGGGAGUGAGGCAAGGCUAGGGGGCCUGGACUAUCCUCUCUUUCUGGGCCUUGGAGAAACCCCAGAAAGCCCCAGCUGGGAGGGCAGCUUCAAGCAGUUUAAUUACACUCCAUCUUCCUUCCCUACACCAGGCACUGGCCUAAAGAUGAGCGUGCUGGUAACACCUGCUAUGCGCUAGGCACGGAGCUGGUAUCUGGGCCUUCCUCUC